AAACUUGCUGUGACAUUAAACAGCAUGGAGCUCGGUGUUAUGGAUCUUUAGGUGGAAAUGUGGACAUCCAACUGAUGGACAAUACCUCAAAGACACCAAAAUACCAAUUGAUGAAAAAUUCAUUAAAAAUACUAAAUGUCAGAAAUAAUAAAGUUCUUCCUAAUGCUGAAGGACAAAGAUUUGUCUUUUCUCCCAGUAUUGGAACAUAUAGGAUUCCUAACAUGAGCAGGAAUGACAGUGGUAAUUAUACCCUUCAAACCUUUGAUUCAGAUGGAAGAGCAUCAGGCGAGUGGACUUUACAGUUGUUUAUUCAAGCUCCUGUGUCCUCUGUCCUGCUGGUCUCAGAGUGUCUGUCCCAGGGAGAGAGGAGGGCGUCCUGCUCCUCUGAGGGAGGGGACAGUCUUCAGUACAGCUGGACUCUGAAUGGACGCACACUGACAGAUGCUGAGCUCCUUUCUGUAAAUAAUGAGACUAACAUUAUUACCCUGAAACAGCACGUCGCAGGACAUCUGGUCUGCUCAGUCAGGAACAACGUCAGUAAUGUCUCCAAAGAGGAGAGAAUAUCUACCUGUGAAGCAGGUAUUUUGCAAGUGAUCGGUGGUGUUCUCUUAGCACUGCUAAUUUUAUUAGUUAUUGGUAUAGCAAUCAUCUUUGAUCAGAGGAGAAAACAAAACUACAAACCUACAAAAGAAAAAGACGAAGAGGAUGACCAAGUGGAGCUCAGAGCAGCAGUGAAUUUGCAGGCCGAGAUUGAGCUGGAGUUCGAUGUCGAGAUUGAGAGUGAAGAUGAAGAUGAGGGUGAGGGCGAGGGUGAGGCAGAGGCAGAGGCAGAGAAAAAGGUGGAAGUGGAGUAUGCCCAGGUCAAGUUUCCAAAGCAACCUCGACACACUCAACCAACAGGAGAUAAUUAUUUAUAUGCAACAGUCCGUAAAAUGAGGUGAUUUAAAUGGUCGGUGUCUUUAUACAGACUGCACCACUGAAGGUCCACAUGAGGAGGUGACAUCAAGACACUUAAAGACACUUUUAAUUAUCAGGCAAAUACACAAAGCUCAGCUGAUUAAAACAGAGCAUCAAUGCAUCCAGUUUUAGGUUCCUUCCGUGUUUAAUUACAAGCAAUAUGUGUGUUGUCUGCAUUUGCAUUGUGUUAAAGCUCUGAUAGAAUUAAGGUCAUGAUUGUAGUCAUCCUUUAAAUGAAAAUGAUUAAAGUAAAAAGUGUGGUGAACAUUUCUAUGAAUUUCUGUGCAGCAAAAACUUGAAACAGUGAUAAAGCAUCUAUGUAAAUAAGGCCCAGCAAAGGCUCUUUAGACUGCUGGCAAGUCUAUAGAUAUGCAACAGAAAGCAUCAUCUAUUGUAGUAUGACAGUAUGGCAUGGCAGCUGCACGGCACAGGACAGAAAUGACAUGGCCAGGGUAGUGAGAACAGCACAUGGCACUGUGGGAAAUCUUCUCCCAGAUCUGGACUCUGUGUAUGCUUGCUGUGUCCAGAAGAAAGCCAGCUGCUUUGCUGCAGAUCCCACGCACUUGAGUAAAUGACUGUUUGUCCGUCUGCCUUCUUGAAGGUGGUUUAGGACUAAGCACUAAGCAAAAAGCAUUAGACUGAAGCACACUUUUUCCCCUAGAACAAUGAACUCUAUCACCCCCUGUGCAUACACAUACACACACACACACACGCACACACACACACACACACACACAGGACAACUGCACUUUGGAACAUGUAACUACAAUGCUACCGUAUUUUCCUGUUCUGUAUAUUUAUAUAUUAUGUAUCUUUCUGUGCUUUGUAUACUAGUUGGUAUUAAGCUGACCACAUGCAAUUCCGUUAUGUGACUGCAUAAUAAAGGAAACA